CACUUAACAGUUCGCACGGCCGUGCACCCAACGACAUGUAAGACUGGAUUUUCCUAUUUUCUCAAUGUAAGUUUUCUUAAAGCAUCAAAAAGCCAGAAAAUUUUACGGAAAUGAGGUAUCUGGGGGUAAUUACUCUCUGUCUGGUGUUGUCGACGGCGUUUGCCGAGCGAUUAUACGGAGCAGCAACACGCGGACGUGGCACGGCCCAUCUGGGAGAUCCCAAUGAUCAGUACAUCCGCGUGGAAGCGGAACUGAUCAAACUAACAAAUGACGGUGGAGUGACCGCCAAUAAUGCUUAUUGUGAUACUUUCGGCGCUUGUGACCCCAGAGUUUUUGCUCAUCUUGACACCGAUCGACCGAACGCUGAGUGGCCCGGUGCCGUGGCUGUGGAAUAUUGGCCGCAGGUUUUCGAAGCGGACAAUGUUAACAGUCCGCUGAUCAACAAGAAGAUAAAACGAGACAGCUGUGCGAAACCGUACAAAGAUGCGGUUUUGCGAGUGUACGCUGAGGAUUACGAUCCUGCCAGCCAUAACGACCAAAUCAACCAAUGGCAGUGCCCCAUCACCCGUAAAGCGGCCGAGUCGGAAAUUGAGGCGCAGUGGUCACCCGUCGCCGAAUGUGUGCCGAAGUUCCAUCCGGGAAAAAUGAACUCUGUGACGCUUACCUACCGGUAUCGCGUAUUCCGUAUCAACAAAAGCCAGUGCGAUGCAUCUCUUAUUGCAUCGACACCUCGAACUGUCGGUGCUACCACUCCCAGAUCGGGUUGAUCGGAUUUCCGAUAUGCAUUUGAUUACUACCGCAUAUGCAUUUUAUAAAACUAAAAUUGUCAUAUAAUUUAACGGUACUUGUGUUUUCCACCUAAUGCUGAUGUGACCUUACAUGUUAGAACAUUGCAUCUGGAGUAUAACAGCACAAAUAUUAUCUUGGAGAGCGAAUAAAAACAAUGAACGCAGA